AUGCAGGUCGGAUGCCGAAUAGAUGGCGUCACUGUCAAUAACAUAAGCUAUGCUGACGACAUGGUGCUGCUCAGCCCUUCAAUUGGAGGUCUUAGGAAGCUUUUACGUGUAUGUGAAGCUUAUGCUGUGGAGCACGGUUUGAAGUACAACGUUACAAAAAGCGAGUUUAUGAUUUUUAAAGGAAAGAACAAAGGUCCUGUUCAUGUACCACCGCUGUUGCUAAACGGUAUUACUAUUAGACGUGUUCCACGGUUUAAGUAUCUGGGACACAUUUUGACUGAAGAAUUGAUGGAUGAUGAGGAUAUCGAGAGAGAGCGCAGGGCGUUGUCGGUUCGUGGGAACAUGCUGGCACAUAGAUUCACUCGUUGUACUGUCAGUGUUAAACUGACUCUUUUCAAAGCGUAUUGUCAGAGUUUUUACACGUGUGGUCUAUGGGCCAGGUUCACAAAGCGGGCCUACGACUCUCUGCGAGUCCAGUACAACAACGUUUUCAGAGUUCUAUUGAGGCUUCCCCGAUUCUGUAGUGCUUCGGGCAUGUUUGCCGAUGCACACAUGGACGACUUCUAUGCGAUUAUACGAAAGAAGACCGCGUCUAUUGUGCAGCGGAUACGGGGAAGUGACAAUGGAAUUCUGAGGAUGAUAGCAGACAGGAUGGACUCUGCUAUCCUCAGCCGGUUUACAUUGUUACAUGUAAAAAAAUAG